AUGCCAACUGAUGGCGUCACGAAUGCGCUGUUCCACGUCAGCAGCAGCAGCCCUGACGUGUGGUGGUCCCUCCCUGACGGUAUUUCCGAGAGACUGCCCUUGCCGCCCGGCCGCUGGCAGAGAAUAGAGGAGCUCUCACAUCGGAUGGGGGUCCAACUAUCCCCAGACCUGCUGUUGCGAUGCCUGACGCAGGACAUGUACUAUUACCUGCUCAUGCCUGGCGCCCAAUGUACUCUCAAUCAGCAGCAGCAGCAGGACGGCAGGGAGGACGGCAGCAGGGAGGACGGCAGCAGGGAGGACGGCAGCAGGGAGGACGGCAGCAGGGAGGACGGCAGCAGGGAAGAUGAAAGCAAGAGGAGCACUGCAUCUGGUCCUCCUCCUAGAUCCGGCGAGCCCAUCACGUACUUCACAGCCCACAGCCGGCUACGAUCACAUCUGGAGGCGGUUGGGGAUUCAGUGCUGGCGCUCACCUGUGUGCUGCAUCUAGUGAGGCAGCACCCACCUCUGUCCAUGGGCGAUCUCACAUCUCGCAAAGACAAGCUUUCUUCGUUAGUUGCCUGUACAAUGGAGGCACUUGUUGGCGCAGUAUACGCAGAAAAGGGCCUGGAAGCAGCGUCAGCCUUUGUCACCCGCCUGCUGCCCUCCUUAGUGGACUCCCGCACUGCUUCUGCUCCACUCACACAGGCGCUGGAGUUUGGGCAGCAGUAUCAGCAAGCACACGGGCAAGCACACGGGCAAGCACACGGGCAAGGAAGCAGGCAAGAAGGCAGGCAUGAACACCUGCAGCGGUUGCAGCACAUUCAGCAAGGCGGAGGGAGCGAUGCGAGCGUGGGCGAUGUGAGCAUGGGCGAUGGGAGGGUGGAUGAUGCGGCAGUGACGAGCAGAGUGGAGUCCUCAGAGCAGAGUGACCCGGUGACUCGUCUGCACGACAUGUCCCUGCGGCACCUGGGGCUCGUCCCUCAAUACCGGCACACAGGGACAGACAACCCGCGCACGCCCCACGUUACAGAGAGAGUGCGCGUGUAUGCGGCCGGGAGGAGGAUGGGCACAGGCAUGGGGGCGACAGUGGCGGAGGCGAAGAGAGAUGGAGCAGCCAAGGCGCUGCUUGCAUGGGGUAAGGUGUUUGGGGGGGAAGGGGCGAGUGAGGAAGCGGGGCGUGAUGCGAGUGAGGAUGUGGAGGAAGGGAUACAUUGA